UUGUUCAAGUGUGAUUCGAGUGCUGCGACAGACUGGCCUACUGGUCCCCAGCAUGGACAUGUUAACGUUUGAGAGGGAGAACCGGGAGCGUAUCCAGGCAGUGGAGAAUUCCUUUGGUCCGGCAGGGACGCCCCUAUGCAUCCCAUGUCGGGUUUUGAUGGGACAGGGCCGUCUGAUGAAACAGGGGCGUCGGAAGCCCGAGCCUAAGGAUUUCUUCCUCUUCAACGACGUGCUGGUGUACGGCAGCGUCGUCCUCAACGGCCGCUGGCACAGAAAGCAGAGAAUCGUCUCUCUAGAGGACAUCCAGUUAGAAGACCUGGAGGAUGGUGUGGGAAUGAAAAACCAAUGGCUGAUACGUACACCACGCAAGUCCUUUUAUGUGUCCGCCCCUACAAUCGAGGAGAAGCGUGCCUGGAUGGAACACAUCCAGAACUGCCAGUCAAACCUGCUGCAGGACGGCAGCAGCCAAUCAGGUGCCACCUUUGCUGUUACCUGGAUCCCUGACAAGGCUGCCUAUAAAUGCAUGCGCUGCUUAAAUAAGUUCACUAGGACCAAUCGUCGACAUCACUGCCGAAAAUGUGGUUUUUUGGUCUGCAAAGCAUGCUCCAAGCAUCGAGCCGUCAUAGACCACAUUCACCCCAGAAAGAGGCUGAGGGUCUGCAGUCUCUGCUACAUUAGGAAUGAGAAAGAUGAGAAGCCUCUCGUGAGGGAAGACAGCUGGACAACUGUUAACAGUAGCUCAGAGGAGGACAAUGAGGCAGCAUCCAACGAAGAGAAGGAGGACAAGGAGACAAAUCCAAGCUACGCUUCUAGUAGCUGGCUGGACACCCGGAUGGGCACCUACGUUUACCCAAGGCCAAUGCGUGAGCGGCCCUAGUGAAACGUAAACACAACAACACUGCCACCGUCUAGUCUCACAUUGCCGGACCUACUGUGUCUCCACAGUGAUGGAGAAUGGUCUGGCUGCACUGCCUGUCUUUUUUCAGAUAGGGGAGGUGAACUCUGGCUUGUUUUUUUUACUUUUUAACCAAUCGCAAUCCCUGAUAACAAGAGGGGAAGGACAUUUGGCGUGUGAAAGACGCAUCAGAUGUCAGCACUGUGGUAAAAUCUUAAAUUCUGUGACUAAAACUCAUUAACAUUAUGGGAGAUUGUCUUAAGAUAUGAGAUGGUGUCGGAUUGUAGUCUUUUCAAUGUUGUGUCAGUCUUCUAGUGCAUGGUAGGCAUUACUCGCUAGUGACCUUUUUUUCUUAUAAGGCAAAUAGCAACACAUUAUGUGACUUUAGACCAACAGGAAGAGGU